AUGGAGGUCAAGCCCUUGGUGGUGACUGGGGAUGGGCACGUGGUUCCUCUGGACUUGGCAGCGAAGAUCGACGAGACAGCCUCCUUCCUGUGUGGGCCCCAGUGGGGACACGUGGACUUCCCCGCCCCAUUCGGGCGUCGCGAGUUCCCGGAAGAAGCCUACAUCCGCGAGCUCGACUCCAAGACCGGGGCCUCGUUGAAACUGACCGUCCUCAACCCUUCGGGGCGGGUGUGGACGAUGGUGGCGGGCGGUGGGGCCUCCGUGGUGUACGCGGACUCCAUCGCCGACCUGGGCCAGGGACACGAACUUGCGAACUACGGCGAGUACUCGGGCGCCCCCAACGAGCAGCAGACCUUCGACUACGCCCGUACGAUUUUGAGCCUGAUGACGCGGAUGCAGGACCCGCGCGGCAAGGUCUUGAUUAUCGGCGGCGGGAUCGCCAACUUCACGGACGUGGCGGCUACCUUCAAGGGCAUUAUUACCGCCUUGCGGGCCUUUCAGGAGGAGCUGCGCGAGCACAAUAUCACCAUUUGGGUGCGUCGUGCAGGCCCUAACAACCAAGAAGGGUUGCGUAUCAUGCGAGAACUGGGACAGGAAAUCCGUGUGCCCAUCAAAGUGUACGGUCCCGAGACGCACGUGACCGCCAUCGUCCCCCUGGCUCUGGGCCUCGAGGACCCGAAAAACUACCCGGAGUUUGACGAGACCAGCGGUAUCUCCACCGUCCCCAAGCCGGCCCAGUCCCUCCCGAACGACCCAGCAGACUUGCCCCCCCCCGAUGCAGUAGAGCCCGAGUGUGUCUACAUUUUCGAAUAA